CAUCCAGAACUGUUAGUAACAGUUAUACUGUUUCUUUUGCAAUAUAUGGUAAUCUAGCCUUGUGCACUUUUGUUGCUGGAACAAGCACACUUAACAGGCCAUGGCAACAUGUGCCUUGGCUUUUUCUCACCAUGGCAACCACUGUAAACAAUUCAGCGAAGGCUCCUACUGCACCCAUUGCAGAUGAGAGCUUGGACACGACCAGAAAGAGACAGGAUCUCACUCCAGGUUUCACAUGGUUCAUUCCAGAGUGAGUGAUCCAGUUGGCAAUGCCAGACCUCUCCCCUUCGACUCCUGGCAUCUUCCCCCUGUUUCUGGGGACAUGGGACAGAAAUGUCACCUUCAUAGUCGACAUUUCAGAGGGCAUGUACCCUGCCAUUGGGUCGGUGAAGCAGUGGCUAGUCCAGACAAUGCUGACCAAGGCCUCGCUACGAGACUCCCUCUUCAACAUCCUUGGUUUCUCACACAAGGUGACUAAGUGGAGUGAGCAUAUGGUGACCUGUAGCCCUGAUACGGUGUAUGAGGCGAUGUGCUGGAUCCACUCCCUGAGCUGCUCUCCUGGCCGGGACCUCUCAGGCGCUCUGACCACUGCAUUCAGUGACCCAGCCUGCCAGUCGGUCCAUCUGGUGACCAACGGCCUCCCGGACGACCCAGAGGGGCUGCUCUGGUUUCUCCCGGACAUGGUGGGGGUGCGCCCGGUGCAUGUGUUUUACCUGUCUGAUACCUGCUGCCCAGACAGCAGGAUGCAGACCUUCCUGCAGCGUCUCACUCAGGCCACCAGGGGGAGCUGUCACAUCCUGUCUCUCAGCUCCACAGGAGCCGUGGAAAAGGUACGUCCGCUGUACCUGGCAGAAAGCAGGAGCAGCCCAACAGCCUGCUCUGAACGGAAGUACUGCAGUGCAGGAGCUGUCCUCAGCAGGCCGUUAUCUUGUUCACUAUGUGCACCUCUGUUCCUGUGCCCUUACAGGUGCUCUCUGGGCCACCUAGGUGGAGAGUGUCCUGUGAGCGUGUGCAGCAGGGCCUGGGGGAGUUAUAGUGGCCCCCCUGCCUUUCUCCCAGGCAGCCGUGUGCUGGCAAGGAGGGAGCUGGACCGGUUUUACUACCUGGGGACAGUAAGGGAGGAACUGCAGGGCAGGAGGGGGGUGUACUUGGUGGAAUUUGACAGGCCGGCAGUGGAGGCGGGUUCAUGUGAGACGGCCCUGCAGCUGACCACCGCAUUGGACUUGGUUCCCCAUACACAAGCCCACGGACACAGCCUGGUUCCUGGGGACAAGGUCCUGGCGCCCUGGGAACCGAGCCUGGCCCGGUAUGGUCCGGGCAGCGUAAUCCAGGGGGUGGAGAUCAGGGACCCCCUCAGGGGCAAGAAUGAGAGCGGGCUCCAUGUGUUGUUCUGGAACGGCUGCCAGGUGAGGGUGCCAGGAGAGGUGGCUGUGUGGAUCCCCCCCUCUCUGCACGAGCGGAGCCUGCAGGAGCUGCAGCGCCCACUCUGUUACCACGGUGACGCACACGGCUGCCUGCCGUGGCCUCGCUACGCCCUGUGUCCAAGUCUCCCAUGCCUAGAUCCGCCCCUGCCAACACGACUGGCCCCGCCCCACCACUGCCCUCACAAAGAGUGGUGGUGUCUAUCUGCUGUGCCCCCUCAAACCAAUGGGCUGACAGGCACAACACUGACGAGCAGGAGGGAGGAGCUGGAGAGGAAGGUUGAUGCCCAGUUGAAGGAGCUCAGGGGAUUGAGACGGGCGGGGUCUCACUCCUCUUCCUCAUCAUCUUCUUUGUCCGAGGAUGUGGAUGAAGAGCCGAAGCUUGCCGGCGUGGAUGCGGUCAGUGCGGCAGUCAACACUGACCUCAGCCUCCUGGAGAAGCCGAAAUCUGCCUCCCUGGACCGGCCUGCCUGGAGGUACUGGGGAAGAAGCUGUGCAGAGCCGCAGCACAGACAGCCUGAACGACUGAUGAAGAACAAAAACAGAUCUACAAAAGUUUUGCCACCUGAAGCCCAGAUCGACAGCCCGACUAAUCACAGCUCGUUAUUUCAGUUGCUUCCUGUCACCACAGGACAAAGGCUGACCGUUAAGGACGUCUUGCACCAUAGUGAUUCUGGAUCGCCAUUAAACGGCGCAGUCCAGUUCCAGCUCAUUGUCACUGGUAAAAGUAUUCCUGUUACUCACACAUGAUGCUGGUUCUGUGCCAGAUCAAAGUCCUCUAUGUACUGUGGACAGAUUAUCAAAUUUCCAGAUGCUUUGUUUAUUCAAAGGGCAUUUAAUCACUUACUACCAAUUUGUUCAUUCUAUCAGAGUCAGGUUAGCUGGAUCAUCCGAUGUUAAAUACAGUAUUUUUGUCCCCACUGAAAAAUGUUCAGUUUCCUCUAAUGUGAAAAAUAAAUGUGGCCAGUUGCAUUUCCAGGUGAAAAAGCUCAGAAGAUGAACACGACCAUUUCAAAUCAAUAAAAUGGCUGUUUAAACCCAACUGAGCCUGUGAAUAGGACAGUUGGUGUUGGCUUAUUCAAUGUGUACAGUACAUCAAUCAGGCUUCAUUAUUACAAUAAAAAGACUGGCAUGCCAUUUUCAAGAUUACAGAACCAAUCUCAAAUUUUGUGUUUGGUUCUUCAAUUUAGAUAAUUAUGCAACUAGCAGUAAUUACAAGCAUGCCAGUUGAGAAUUGAUAAAGAAUGAUGGACCUUUAAUCAGCCCAAUAAACAAAGGCAGACUCACUCUGUAUAACCUGGCUUUCAGAAUAUUCACAUUUUUUGAACUGAUGAAACUGUUUGGUGCCAUACAAAUAUUGAAAUAUAUACUUUAUUGGACACAUUGAUUCAUAUAUAUUAAUUAGUUGCAGCAUAGACAUGAAAUUAUAAAAAAUAAACUUCAAUCUUGAAAUAUACCUCUGACAUACAUUU